AUGCUCGCCGCCAUUCGCCCCACUGGUCAGCUCCUUGGUCGAUCCGCCUUGCGUGCGGCACCCAGGCCUUUCGCGGCACCUUUGAUGCGAGCUGGUUUCACUUCCAGCGUCCAAAUCUCUGGUGUGCAGAAGCGAUUCACCGAAGAGCACGAGUGGGUCUCUUUCGACGAUGCGACCAACAUCGGAACCGUGGGCAUUACCGACUACGCUCAAAAGUCGCUUGGCGAUGUGGUUUUCAUCGAGCUGCCAGAGGCUGGUGCUCAGGUCAAGAAGGGAGAUGAUAUCGGAGCCGUUGAGUCUGUCAAGGCCGCUUCCGACAUCUACGCUCCUGUCUCUGGGCAGAUCGAGGCCGUCAACGAGAAGCUCAACGACGAGCCUAGCUUGCUCAACAAGGCGCCCGAGACCGAUGGCUGGCUGUGCCAGAUUAAGCUGUCGAACCCUUCCGACUUCGAGACGCUCCUCACUGCCGAAGCUUACCAGAAGAUCUGCGAGAACUGA